ACCCUAAAAUACCAUAAGUGCAGAGCAGAUGCAGUAUAUAAAGGCUGUUUUAUAUAAGUAUAUAACCUAUGGUUUUGCAAUAAUCCAAAGGAAUUAAAAUUGUCAUAAGGUAAGGUGUGUGAAUUUAUACAUACAUAGAUUAAGGAUUUAGGACCAAAGAGGGAGAUAUGAAUGUGACAAAUAAGCCAAACCCAGAUGGUUCCACCAAUGGGUUUCAGUCUCAGCUUCAAGUUCAACAACAAAAUGGGUGGGAGCAGGGAUCAUCUAGACUCAGACCCACUAAACCUUACCCUGCACCAACGGCUCGGUACCAGGACAUUGUUCGUGAUGCAAACCUCUUCUGGGGAACGCUUCAAGCUUUUCACAAAAUACUUGGCACCAAAUACAAGGUUGCUACUGUGGGAGGAACGUCACUUGAUCUACAUCGCCUUUUUGUCGAAGUUACAUCUCGUGGUGGGAUUGAAAAGGUGAUUGUUGAUCGUAAGUGGAAGGAAGUGAUUCUGACCUUCAAUUUCAAAGAUACCAUAACGAGUGCAUCAUUUGUGGUGCGCAAAUCCUAUCUAUCGAUGCUUUAUCACUAUGAGCAAGUGUAUUAUUUUGGGAGGCAAGGCAUUCCUCCCCCAACACCUGAUCUUAUGAUUAGAGGCCAAUCAGGCCAACCCUAUAGCUCGACAACCAUUCCAGAAGUUGCUGCUGUGAAUGAUUCACCUGUUCAGAGUACUCCAGUACAGGCACAUGAUGAUAUGGUUUCUGGAACAAUUGAUGCGAAAUUUGAUGGUGGAUAUGUAGUUACAGUGAUUCUAGGUUCUGAGCAGCUGAAAGGUGUCCUGUUUCAUGUUCCUGAUAAUGUGUCCCAGAGUUCUCAUGCCGAAGGCACAUCUAGUUCACAGAAUCUUGGUGAUGGCACAUCUAAUUCACAGAGUCGAAAGAGAGCAAAAUAUGCUCCACGUGAUCCAUUUCGGCCAAAGUCGAACAGGAGCGGUUACAACUUUUUCUUUGCUGAGAAUUAUGCCAGGCUGAAGCCCUCAUAUCAUGGGCAGGAGAGAGCAAUUAGUAAGAGGAUUGGGUUUCUAUGGAACAAUCUGUCAGAAGCUGAAAGACAGGUUUAUCAAGAGAAAGGGAUGAGAGAUAAGGAAAGAUACAGGACUGAACUGAUGGAGUACAAAUCCAAUAAUUCAACUCCAAAUGCUCAAUAGGCUGUUUUAUGUAAUCCUUAGAUUGCCAUUUCAUAUGUUUUUUCUUUUGUUCUUUUCCAUUUUAUAUGUUUGUUAUAGUUCAUUUUCUUAUCAUUCUGCAUAGAAGCUUAGAAAGAGUAGCUUUGUGACAAUUCUGGUGUAAAUUAGGCUAAAUGGUUUUAAUAAACAUCUUGUAGCAGUUUGUUUACUGUGAUAUGGUAAUCUUGUCACCCCGA